CUCUUUCCUUAUCUUUCUACUUAAAACAAGAACUAUUGUUCGGUCUCGUUGACUCUUUUUGUCUUAAAAUUAUUUUUUAUUUUCUAAUAUUUUUUAUUUGAUAUUUUAAAAGAAAUAUCACACUGGCAGUGUCACGUCUGGAGGAGAAUGUUCCUGAGUCUUGUACUCAAAAGCGAACAUGGGACUGUCUUAAUGAUGGGCUAGAGUUAAUGGAAGAGUUACGUACGAAAUAUGCUAUUGUAUCAUCAUCUGCAAGCGAUUCGACAGUCAAAGAACGUACAUCCAACCUCAAUGAUUGGCAAUUUGUAGAUGACUAUAGAAAACAACAUGGAGUCAAAAUGGAUUGGGUUGCUUGCUAUGAAGCUGGGAAAAAUGUUGGUCGUUUCAGCAAAUACUCAUCAAUGAAGAGUGUCCAAGCUGCCUACUAUCGUGCAUCUAAUAAAAAGAAAUAAUCGAGCUUUUGAUACCGUAAAAAUUGGGCAGAUGGUUGUUUUUUAUGAUAUGAUGAUUGAUUGUCGCUAACAACACAGUUACACAACGUUUUUAGUUUGAUAUAACAACCUGAUGUUAUAUGCUUUUUUUUGCGUUUGAUAUAACAACCUGGUGUUAUAUGCUUUUUUUGCGCUUGAUAUAACGACUUGGUGUUACAGGGUGUUUCGAAAUUAUUCACGCA